GGAAGGAAACGAGGGCACGUGGUAAGUGUAUGAAACGGAACAGAGCCCAGUAGUCCCGCUAAUGACGACACCUUCCUCUGCUAGAAGUGACAGCUGCCCAUAUUAGCGAGCGUGAAUGUUUACUGUUAGACUCAGCUAGUAACAAGUGGGUGAUGUGAUGCAAGUCCGGAGUGUUUACAUGUACAGCUAGAUGAAAAGGAGUCCCAGGUCCUUAUGGCUGUGUAUGAUGAGGACCUCCUGAAGAAUCCCUUCUAUGCAGCGCUGGAGAAGCAGAGGCCAGACCUCUGUGUUCGAGUGGCAGAGAGCCAUGGAAUAGUCCUAGUGCCCUGUCGAGGAAGCCUGACUCUCCCUGCUUACACAGCAGCCCAGUUCAACACGUACGUUUUACAGCCUGCUGGAGAAGGAUAUAAAACUCUAGAUGGAAAGGAGAUCAGUAUCCAGGACCGGCAGGUGAGGCUGGGGGCAGGGUUUCAGGCCCCAGCCUCUGUCCCCAUCCUGUUUGAGGAGACCUUCUACAACGACAAGGAGCAGAGUUAUAGCAUCCUGUGCAUCUCCAGGCCCAUCCACACAGACCAGAGCCAAGCUGAACAGAGUCCUGGGCCGGCGCUCUUCUGUCUGAGAAAUGUGGAGGACGUUAAGGAGUUCCUGGGUCGUCACACGGAGAAGCUGGACAGGUUCAUCUCCAGCUUCUGUCACUCCUUCAGGGAGCAGGAGAGGAGGGGACUGCGCCAUCACAUCGACUCUGUGAACGCCCUCUAUACGAAGUGUGUUCAGUGUCUGCUGAGAGACUCGCGCCUGAAACUGCUGGCCAAACAGGAGCUCCAGAUGACUCUCCUGAAGCAGGCGGUGGAGAUGUAUAUUCAUCAUGGUAUCCAUGAUUUAAUAUUUAACUUUGUGGGAACGCUUGAAGCCAGCCAGGAUGCUGCCUUCAACAAAACCACCAGAAGCCUUCAGGACCUGCAGCUGAAAGACCUGGGCGUGAAACCUGAAUUCAGCAUCAACAUUCCUCGUGCCAAGAGGGCGCUGGGGGAUCUGAACCACUGCACCUCUCCUCUCCACAAGGUUCUCUGCCUCCGCAAGGUGGCCCUCACCAUCACGCAGUCUCCCAGCCGCACAGUGAGCAUCGAGGCAGUGUGUGCAGACGACCUUCUCUCUGUCAUUCUGUAUCUACUGGUGAAGACGGAAAUCCCUAAUUGGAUGGCUAACCUGAGCUACAUCAAGAACUUCCGCUUCAGUCAGAGUGCCAAGGACGACCUGAGCUACUGUCUGACCUCCUUCGAGGCGGCGGUGGAGUUCAUCAGCCAGGGCAACCUCCUGCAGGGCCGGCCGAGUUGUGGGGACCUGAAUGAUAAGACUGUGUUCAGACAGAAGAUGAGCUUGCUCUCUCAGAAUGCUGCUACCCCCAUAGACUGUCUGUUUGAGCACAUCGCCGGCGGUAACGAGGCGGAGGUGGAGCGUCUGCUGGGUGAGGCUGAGAGAGAGGAGGAGGAACUCAGGAUGUGUCAUCCUCUCUGCUCCUGUGCCCGCUGUGAGCUCCAGCUGUCUGGGCGGCUGAACGACCCAUCAGUAGUGACGCCCUUCUCUAGAGACGACCGAGGGUACACCCCCCUCCACGUAGCUGCUCUCUGUGGUCAGUCUGGAUUGAUCGACCUGCUGGUGUCGAAGGGAGCGGUGGUCAAUGCUUCAGACUACCACGCCCUCACGCCUCUGCACCUGUCCUGCCAGAAGGGCUACCAGGGGGUCACGUUGCUGCUCCUGCACUACAAGGCCAACACAGAUGCUCAGGACAACAAUGGGAACAGCCCCCUGCACCUGGCCUGUAUGUACGGACACGAGGAUUGCGUCAAGGCGCUGGUGUAUUACGACCUCCACACCUGCCGCCUCAACAUCCAGAACGAGAAGGGCGACACGUGUCUGCAUGUGUCGGCUUGCUGGGGCUACGAGGGCAUCCUCCAGGUGCUGCUGGAGAACGGAGCCAGCACGGACGUCUGCAACAAGGCCAGGGAAACCCCCCUGCACUGCGCUCUGAACUCCAAGAUUCUGACUCUGUUGGAGUCGACGCGCAAUGGAACCCAUCAAACGGAGAGAAAUACUUCCCCAGGUCGCUCGCCCCCAGCCUCAGACUCCGGCAGCCGGCGCUCGUCCCAGUCCAGCUGCUCCUCCUUCAGCCCCGACGCCCAGCCGGAGGGAGACAGGGGCCGCCAGCGGCAGGUGGAGAAGCUGCUUCGCGCUGUUGCCGACGGCGACAUAGAGAUGGUGCGCUACCUGCUGGAGUGGGUGGAUGAGGAGCCGGAGGAGGAGGAGGAGGAUGCAGAGAUGCUCUCUCAGACAGAGCUGUGUCAUCCACUCUGCCAGUGCCCACGCUGUGCGCCCACUCAGAAGCUGGCCUGCCUGCAGGCUGGAGGUGUGGGUGUGAACAGCAGCAGCGCGGACGGCUUCACUCCCCUCCACGUGGCUGCCCUGCACGGCCACGCCUCCCUGGUCACCCUGCUGGCACGCCAUGGAGCCAACGUCAACGGCCGCAACCGCCACAGAGCCACGCCCCUCCACCUGGCCAGCCAGAACAGCCACACUCAGGUAGUGACAUCACUGCUGGAGUGCAACGCCAAGCUGAACAAGAAGGACCACUAUGGCAACACCCCUUUGAUCCAGGCUUGUCUCAGAGGUCACCUGGACACCGCAGUCCUGCUCAUCCAGAGUGAUGCAGUGGUGAACCUGGCUAACCAGCAGGGGAACACGGCGCUGCAUGAGGCAGUGAGGGGGGGCCACCUGGGGCUGGUGCAGCAGCUGCUGCAGGCUGGAGCCCUGGUCCACCUGAGGAACAACAGGCAGAGGACCCCCCUGGACUGUGCCCAGGAGACAGGCGGCAAAAACACUGAAAUCCUGAGGAUUCUUCAGAAAGCGUCUGGACUCUCCCCCGACGCUGAACCAAUCAAACUGCUCUCUGUGCCAAAGGGCACUCUGGCUCAUUCGUUCGUCCAGAGACUGAAGCCCCAGGAUCAGGACCAGGCCAGGCGGCAGAAGCUGGCUCACUCCAUCAGCAGGAUCCAGCAGAUGAAGAAAGGUCUUCCCAGAGAGAGAAGUGUUCCCUCUCUACCCUCCACUGCUCGCCCUCAGGAGGUGGACGGCCGAGGGGAGAGAGGCAGGCUGAGGAGGGGGGAGACCCUGGAGAGCUGCGGGCCCUUCAGCCGGUCAGGGAGCCCCGUGCAGGGGGCCGGAGACAGGGCCGGAGACAGGGCCAGACCCCUGGGUCGGUGUCACACCGUGGACCCUGAGAUGCCUCCCUCGCCACACUGGGGAGUCCACGCAUGUGACCCCCUUGUGCAGGACUGGCAAACAUAUGGUAGCAAGGUCCAGACCCACACACCUGAGGAGCUGUCUGUUAUGAACCCGUCCAGCGAGAUCUUUCACACAAACGUCACUGACAGUCCCAUUGAGCUCUGUCUUACAGACACACCCAACGAACCCUCUCAUACAGACACACCCAACAUACCCUCUCAAACAGACACACCCAACGAACCCUCUCAAACAGACACACCCAACGAACCCUCUCAUACAGGCACACCCAACAAACCCUCUCAUACAGACACACCCAACAAACCCUCUCAAACAGACACACCCAACGAACCCGCUCAUACAGACACACCCAACGAACCCUCUCAAACAGACACACCCAACAAACCCUCUCAAACAGACACACCCAACGAACCCUCUCAUACAGACACACCCAACAAACACUCUCAUACAGACACACCCAAUGAACCCUCUCAUACACCCAACGAACCCUCUCAUACAGACACACCCAACGAACAACCUCAUACAGACACACUCAACGAACCCCCUCAUACAGACACACCCAACGAACCCUCUCAUACAGACACACCCAAUGAACCCUCUCAUACAGACACACCCAACGAACCCUCUCAUACAGACACACCCAACGAACCCUCUCAUACAGACACACCCAACGAACCCACUCAUACAGACACACACAAUGAACCCUCUCAUACACCCAACGAACCCUCUCAUACAGACACACCCAACGAACCCUCUCAUACAGACACACCCAACGAACCCGCUCAUACAGACACACCCAACGAACCCUCUCAGACAGACACACCCAACGAAACCGCUCAUACAGACACACCCAACGAACCCCCUCAUACAGACACACCCAUCGAACCCUCUCUCACACCCAACGAACCCCCUCAUACAGACACACCCAACGAACCCCCUCAUACAGACACACCCAACGAACCCUCUCAUACAGACACACCCAAUGAACCCUCUCAUACACCCAACGAACCCUCUCAUACAGACACACCCAACGAACAACCUCAUACAGACACACUCAACGAACCCCCUCAUACAGACACACCCAACGAACCCCCUCAUACAGACACACCCAAUGAACCCUCUCAUACAGACACACCCAACGAACCCUCUCAUACAGACACACCCAACGAACCCUCUCAUACAGACACACCCAACGAACCCGCUCAUACAGACACACCCAACGAACCCUCUCAGACAGACACACCCAACGAAACCGCUCAUACAGACACACCCAACGAACUCUCUCUCACACCCAACGAACCCCCUCAUACAGACACACCCAACGAACCCCCUCAUACAGACACACCCAACGAACCCGCUCAUACAGACACACCCAACGAACCCUCUCAGACAGACACACCCAACGAAACCGCUCAUACAGACACACCCAACGAACUCUCUCUCACACCCAACGAACCCCCUCAUACAGACACACCCAUCGAACCCUCUCUCACACCCAACGAACCCCCUCAUACAGACACACCCAACGAACCCCCUCAUACAGACACACCCAACGAACCCUCUCUCACACCCAACGAACCCCCUCAUACAGACACACCCAACGAACCCCCUCAUACAGACACACCCAACGAACCCUCUCAUACAGACACACCCAACGAACCCUCUCUCACACCCAACGAACCCCCUCAUACAGACACACCCAUCGAACCCCCUCACACACCCAACGAACCCUCUCAUACAGACACACCCAACGAACCCCCUCACACACCCAACGAACCCUCCCCUACACACACACCCUACCAGCCCUCUGACACACAACUACCCAGGGAGCCCCUUCCUUCUAACACACCCAGCAACAUGAACGGAGAGGGAGAGGAGGGGGAUGGAGAUGUAGAGGGAGAGGAAGGCGUCCUCUUGUUCUCUGAGCACACAGACGCCCUGCCUGUGUGGAACUGGCAGGAGAACCCACCCAAAGAAAAGGAAGACUUGGUGUCAGAGACGGCCUGAGGAACCGAGCCUCUGCAGGGGUACCAGAGCCAACAUGGCCGCCUGGUUUAGGGAACUGCUUAGGAAGGACCUCAGUUUCUCUGGCAUCAAUUUUCAAAGCACUUUUUUUCUUCAUUGUUUCUUCCUUCACAAAAAAGGGAUGCAAAACAUGGUCAUUAAACUCCAUACGAACGUCACUUUGAUUUUGUAGUUUAAUUUUGUUUUGUUGCUCACCUAUGACAGACUGUACUGUACACAAUAUUUUAACAGUGUAGUGACGUGAUGUCAUUUACACUAUGAAAAUAAUGCUAGUCUUAAACUGUGGUUUGUAGCACAGAUUUUUUAUUUCAUUGUUUAUUUGAUUAACUGGCCUUAGAUUUUCACCUACUCCUAAUAUUUGAUUUCAUGUUUUGGCUGCAUUCAAUUACAUCAUACUACUCAAGGUUUAUUUUGUUUUAAUUUGAACAUUUAAGGCAUGUGACCUCCAGAAUAGUGGCAUUUUGAUGCCUGUGUUUAGAAAGGUAAACAUUUAAUCCCAGUGAAUGUAAAAGAUAAUUGUAGCAAGUGAGACCUACAGCACAAAAUGCACAUCUGUUCAGUAUGCAAGUAGGUUGUAUUACAAUGCAUCUGACGUCUGAUAAAACUCUUAACUCCUACUCUUUCACCUGUAGACCUGUGUGUGGCACCUUGAAACAGAGGCACGUCUCCUACCUUUAAAACAAAAAACGGAAGCAUUUAGUUGUGGGUGUCCCACAUUUCUUUGACUUUAAAACACUGUCCCGUCUGGUGUCUGUCCCGUCUGGUGUCUGUCCCGUCUGGUGUCUGUCCCGUCUCCUCUGUGUCUGUGAUGUUCCCGUUCCACGCAGGUCUUCCUGGUUCUCUGUGGAACAUCCCCGUGACAACACACUUGUUUCCCAUCCACAGUCUUAAAUCUCUCCACACAGUGAUGUUGUUGUUGUUGUUGUUGUUGUUGUUGGGACAUUUUGCCAAGAAGCUCAUUCAGUAAAAUCGUUAGUGUCCAGCCAAGCAUCAGCUUUUUGUCUUUUUUUCAAGAUUGCUAUUUUGGUAAAAUUACCUGGCAAGUUCAAUCACCAUGUCUAAUAAUCUUAAUUAUUUUUGUACUCGUGUUUCAUUUUGAAUGUUUGAAGAUACAGUGAAUGUGCCUUAUUUAAUUCAUGUGAAAAUAAUAUGUUAAUAAACUCACUAUCAAAAGA